AUGUUGUGUUUUUUUGUUGGGCAGGUUGAGGUUCAUCCUGAGUCCAUCCACACCGCCAAGUUGAAGAAGAGUGACUGCUUCCGGCGCGUCCAAGCAUUCUUCAACGGGCAGCACGAUUUCUUUGUGGUGGCUAUUCAAGGUGAGAGUACAGAUGGCAAGUUGCAGCUGAAUGAUGGCUCAGUAUCCUGUGAAGAUGUCAUGAAACUCUGGAUGAAGAGGCAGAGGCUGGCCCUCCCAUCUGCCAUCCUAUUCAUGCUUCUGGACUUUUGCCACAGUGGAGCUUGGGUAGAUUUCUGCAGAAGCCAACCACCAGAGCUGGGAGUCUUUGUUCAAGCAGCCUGCUCUGCAGCUGGCAAGACAACCGACGACUACGAGCGGUCAUUUACUCAGAGAUGGAUUACGGCACAGCACGAGAAGCAGUUUAAGUUUACGAAAGUGCCAUGCCUUCAACCAUGGAAGCCGUGCUAUCAUGCGCCGGGUGGAGCUUACUUGCCUAAGUUUGGCAAGUGUUCCAUCCUCCUUGUGGGAAGUGAUAUGGCAGCUAUGGAGCACGUAGAGCUGGUGCCACAUGGUGUGCCCAAGGUGGAUGGCAGCUCCUUCCUCAAAGAGGGCAGCAUUCUGUUCAACCGCCAUGUGGACACAAUGACACUUUUUACCAGCUCCCAGUUCCAGUCUGCGAGCUCUUACCAUCACGCAGCGGAGGCUAUGCGAGCUAGCUGGGGAACUGCUACUUCUGUCGAGCUUGCCUUGCUAUUCAGGUUGGAAGACCAUUACGUGUGCAAGAGGUUUCGUGCUCACGGGCAGAUGUGGGAGACGCUUGAGAACGUUGCGAACAUGGCUCGGGUAUGCACGACUCCAAAUGCCGCAGCGAUCCGCGCCUUGGCUCUCACUUGGAAAAGCGGCGCAUGUUUGGAAAGUUUGAAGCUGCAGUACAACAGGUCCAUGUUUGAGCUGGCUACGGAGGCCCUGUCUGAGAUGAUUGCCAUUUACGAUCAGACUAGUCUGAGCAACGUGGUCUGCGCUGAAAUUACCAGGGCCCUCGGCUUGUGGAACGCAUGGAGGGCGCAGCAGUUUGGGCCGCCUCAUCCUGACGCAUGGCACCAGGCCGAGAAGCUCAUCCUGCAGACGCUUGAACACUACAGUCAUUGUGACAGUCUGGAUGGUCUGGCUCUUAAUGCACUACAGUUGUGCGGGAUUCAGCUGCCGAAGGACCUUCCGUACAAACGUGCGACCCCUUAUGAAGCGCGUGCCAAGGAAGUUCGAAGCCUGAUCCGAGGACACCUGCUUACAAUGCAGCGCAAAGGUCUGGAGCGCUUGCCUGAAAGAUGCAGCAUAAGAUGCCUCGCAACGUUACUUCAAGCUUGCGAUCCGUGCCUUUCCGAGGAGAAGAAGGGACUUGGCUUGCUGGUCGCAGGCCAGCUCGCGCCGGCAGCGAUGUUGUGGCACUACUACAUAGCUCAUCCCAGGUUUGCAAACGGGCACAGAGAGGACCAACUUGCGGAAGAGUUCUCUCGAGCUCGGAUGGUGAGGUCGGUCGGCUGUCGAAUCAUGUUCUUCUUGGACACAAGCAGCUUGCACAGCUUGGAGCCCUUCAUGUGGUAUGCUCCUUACUUACACAAAUCCGAAGUUUUUUCGGUCUAA